UUUAUAUCAACUCGUCAUUUAACUGAUAUUGAUUAUACUUCAGUGGACAAUGCAAAAGAAAUCAAAUCCCCUAACCUUGGUAAAUCAAGUUUGAGUAAAUUAGAGAAAAUAAAUGUCAAACAAAAGUAUUUUCCAUAUCAUAUUUCUUACACUAAAAUCUUUAAUAAGGACACAAGCAAAGAAGAAGCAUCCAAGCUUUUGAAGCACUUGCUACCACCCCUCAUGGCUUUACUAGUAGCCUUAUAUCCUAUCUCCUACACCCCAGCCUCGCUUGCCAUCGAUACAGCCAGAGGGGCAGCCUUGUUUCGAAGAUCCUGCAUCGGGUGCCACGACGCAGGAGGGAACCUAAUCCAGCCAGGAGCAACCUUGUUUACCAAGGAUCUUCAAAGGAAUGGUGUUGAAAGUGAGGAGGAAUUGUAUAGUAUUACUUACAAUGGGAAAGGAAGAAUGCCUGGAUUUGGACUAAACUGCAUGCCCAGAGGACAAUGCACCUUUGGGCCGCGAUUACAAGAUGAAGAAAUAAGGCUUUUGGCCCAGUUUGUCAAGUUACAGGCCGAUAAGGGCUGGCCCAAUAUUGAUAUUUAUAAUGACUAGUUGUUUAUGUAUUUUUUUGGGAUUUAAAUCAAUUUUAUAACACAUUUUUAUUUUAAUCUAUGCAUUGUACUUUGAAACAAAAUUUGACUUGUUCGAGGUUUAAAACCAAGCAAGAUUUUGACUUUUUAAACGCGGCAUGAUUAUAAACUUUAA